UGCUCUUGGCACUGAGACCACAUCACCGAUCACACUUCGCUCAGAAACUCAGAGUGAGCAGGACCAUGGCAAGAGUCUGGAUGAUGAAGAUGAUGAUGAUGCUUCUUAAUAGUUUGUUCAUGUCUAGUCUAUCUUUUGACAUCCAUUUAGUAAAAGUGCACCCUAAACAAGCCAUCUCCGGUGUUACUGAAGUCUCCAUUGGAGAUAAAUACGCCUUAAAUGCAUCUGCAGCCAGAGAUCUUUGCAAGCGUCUUGGUUUGACUAUUGCAAGCAAAGCGCAGGUGACAGAGGCCCAGAAACACGGUCUGGAGACAUGCAGGUUCGGGUGGGUUGACGAGCAAAUCGCUGUUGUUCCCCGAGUUCAGGUUAAACAGAUCUGUGGCAAUGGCAAGACUGGGGUUGUCGUGUGGCGGGCGAAACCCGGAUCACAAUUUGAUGUGUUUUGCUUCAAUUCAACAGAUUUUGAGGCACAAAACCAGGCUGCCAUAACCAUUGACCAAAGGACAACAAGAAAGCCAAUCACAACACAUUCAUCUGUUUUCCCCACUGCUCAAGCCGGAGUUCAUCUGAGGAAAACCCCAUUUUCUAAACAACCUUCCCCAUCAUCUCCUCUCAGUUCCCUUUCUUCCUCGCCUACUUCUCGCAGUCCCUCCGUUAACCACAUGGACAAAGGCUGGAAACAUCUGCCCAUGAGCGGCACCCCAAUGAAUGCUGUUCCGGCUGCCUUGCUGAUCACAGUGACCAUUGCAGUCAUGCUUGCUGUAUUUCUAACACUUUACUAUGUCAAAACGAACAGACCCUGCAGGACGCGGUGUGACGGCGAGCAGCAGAAGGAGUGCAUUGAGACGGAGGUUUGGGAGGACUGUAGUAAGAAAGACCUGCAGAAACCACAGGAGGAGCAUGUGGAGGAGAACGAGGAAGAAAACAGCAGCAGCUCUACAGAACAAGACUGACAUCUCUGUAUUUAUCAGGACAUCAUGUGAUGGCUGACACUGAAGUGCUUGUGUGUGUCAUGAUGUUGUAGUUUUGUAAUGAAGUACAAAAUGGACAUUGGACAGUGGACAUUUCAUUUAAAUGGAUGGUUCUAAAAGUUAUUCAAAGUGCGAUAUGUACAUACACUACAAAAGUCUGAAAUAAUUAUGAUUUUUUUUAAUGUCCUUGAAAGUAGUCUCUUAUUCUCAUCAAGGCUUUAUUUGAUAAAAAUACAGUAAAAGCAUCAAUACUGAAAUAUUAUUACAAUUUAAAAUAAAACUGUUUUCUAUGGUUUCUAUGUGAUGGAAGAAUUUAUAUAUACAUAUAUAUAUAUAUAUAUAUAUAUAUAUAUAUAUAUAUAUAUAUAUAUAUAUAUAUAGUUCUUUCUGGUUCUCGAAUCUGAUUGGCUGAGAGCCGUGCGAUAUUCCCCCAGUAUCAGCACUGGAACCGUUUCACCGUUUGUAUCACUCGCUUGAGGCGACUGUCAUGGCAGUCGAGAAAAUCCAUCAUUUUUAAAAAAAUACUACAGUUGCUGUGUCACGAAAUGUAGUUUUAAGAGUUUUUUAGGUGAGAAUGUUGUUAUUUAGAGCUCAAAUAUGUGACUCAUAUAAACAUAGCACCUAUUUUACAAUUUUAGACGUUUUCGCAGAUGUGAGCUCCAGGUGGUCAGCGGGCGUUCAGCGCUCAUGUACCCGCAGAGAACAGCUUAAUCUUGGCCAGACCUUUGGGAAUUUGCCGCUGGUUCUUAUGUAGAUAGUGUUUAAACAUGGGAUAUAAUCCAUUUGGGGUAUAUCAAACUGGCAAUCUUUGGACUUAUUAAUCUAUUACUUGUUCCAGAGCAAAUCGAUUUGGGUUAAGGGGAAAAUAAAGUUUCAUAACUUUAUGUUUAGGCUAUAUUUAAAUUAAAUCCUGUACUAGAGCGCUGUUUUUGUACAUUUGA